UUGUUAGCAUCUUCAUUAAAAUCAAUUCUUUUUCACUCAGAGGAGGCCUGGGCCGAUAAGGGAGUUGACCUGCUAUGCAUAGGAGCCAUGGAGAGCAGUGACUGCCUCGCUCAGGUGCCCUGUCCUCCACUGGGAGGGGGCCUGAAGCCCGCGCCUCCAGGCGGAAGCGCUGCUGCCAUUGGCCCAACAGCCGCUGUCACCUGCAGGGAGCUGGGGCCGGAGCCCUGAGCGCAAAGUCCACUGUCCGAGGCCGAGGAGCUGGCGCGGGUAGCACAGGUGGCCCACGCCUUCGGCCCUGCAAGAUGCCGCUUGGACUGCGCGGGAAGAAGAAGGCGGCCAAGUCCAAGGAGACGGCGCGUCUAGUGGAGGGCGAGAGGUCGGGCGUCCGCGAGGGUGUCCCCGGACCCCCAGCUCCGGCGCGCAGGCUGGUGUUCCACGCACAACUGGCGCACGGCAGCGCCACGGGCCGAGUGGAGGAGUUCUCCAGCAUCCAGGAGCUCUACGCCAAGAUCGCCGGCGUGUUUGAGAUCGAGCCGUCUGAGAUCUUAUUUUGUACUUUAAACACACCCAGAAUUGACAUGGCAAAGCUCCUCGGCGGGCAGUUGGGUCUUGAAGAUUUCAUAUUUGCCCAUGUGAAAGGGAUAAAAAAGGAAGUGAACGUCUAUAAAUCAGAGGAUUCGCUAGGACUCACCAUCACAGAUAAUGGCGUUGGCUAUGCUUUUAUCAAGAGAAUUAAAGAUGGCAGCACCAUUGACUCGGUUAAGACGAUCUGUGUGGGGGAUCAUAUUGAAUGCAUAAAUGGAGAAAAUAUUGUUGGAUGGCGUCACUUUGAAGUUGCUAAGAAGCUAAAGGAACUGAAAAAAGAGGAACUCUUUACUUUGCAGUUAAUAGAACCCAAGAAGGCAUUUGAAAUAGGACCAAGGUCAAAAGCUGGAAAGACGUCAACAGAAAAAAUUGGUACUUCAAGAGGAACUCUUCGUCUGAGAUCAAAAGGUCCUGCCACAGUAGAAGAACUGCCCUCUGAAGCCAAAGCAAAGGCGAUCGAAAAGGUGGACGAUCUCCUCGAACUGUACAUGGGAAUUCGAGAUAUUGACUUGGCCACGACCAUGUUUGAAGCUGGAAAAGACAAAAGCAACCCGGAUGAAUUUGCUGUGGCACUUGACGAGACUCUGGGAGACUUUGCUUUUCCUGACGAAUUUGUGUUUGACGUGUGGGGAGCCAUCGGUGAUGUCAAGCAAGGACGAUGAUGGUGUGGAUGAUCCUCCUGCAGACAUGACCAGAGUUCUUUUGAAGGCAGCCUUCCUGGGGACUCUUAGAUAACUUUAUGAACUCUGCUUUAGCUUCAUGUGUAUGAGAUACAGUCUACGGAAUAUAAUUUUGAUUUAUGGAUAAUGUUUAAUAUAGUUUCCUAUGUAGUAAGUAUGCUUAAGAUAAAGUAUGAUCCAUUUCAAUAUUUGUUCAAAAGUUUCUAACAGUGAUUUUUUAAAAGGGCAUUUCUACACCCAUGGUCUUGUUCUCCGUUGACACUCAUGCCUUACUUUCCACAUUAAAUAGUUGAUUACAA